GUAUGUGUACAUGCUUUGUGACGUGUAUUACCGAUCCGAUGACUGGUGUGCCGCAGCGUUGAAAAACGACGAAAGUUGAGAAUUUCAUGAAAACUGACUGAACCAUUAUCAAACAGGAAUAUAUUUGCAAUAUUUUAUAACUAUUAAUUAUCAUCUGCAUCCAUGGCUCAAGAGCAAGUACGGCAUGGCCGAAGGAGAGGUCAAACAAAGAAUUCACCGAUGGGUAAUCGGCCGAAGAUGGCUCCCCCAGGCGGACCAGCAGGAGGCAUGCUCCUUCCUGAUGGCACAGAUCUCCGUGAGGUCACUAUCCUCUCAAAGUCAGACUGGUCUCGUAUCGGGGCUCAGCUGGAGCGGAAGCAGCGGGAAGAAGAAGCAAUUCGAGCCAAGAGGGAAGCCAAAGAAGCCCUUCAACAACAGACAAAGGACAUGGUCAAAAAUUGGAGUAAUACUAUCGCUGGUCAAAGGUUACAGAAGCUAGAAGCCCGCAAGAUCCGAGAAGAGAAGGAAGAAGCAGAACGGGUCCAAAUCGACAUUGAAGAAGCCAAAUAUCAAGCACAAAAGAGAAAAGAAGCCAUUGAGAAAGCAAAGACGCUGCAAUAUUAUCAGACAGACAGGGUUAAGGGAUUCCAUGGAGCCCUACUGCUUACCGAAGUACUGAAAGAACGUGAUGCACAGUUGGAACUGAAGAAGGCAAGAGAGGCUGCUAUGGGGGGCAAGGACAAGGAGCUUUUACUCAGAGCACAGAGGGAGCUUGAAGAAGGCAUACUCGCAGACCAGGAGAAAGCCCUAAAAAGGCUCCAGGAUCGCAAAGCUAUCGCAGAUUUUCAGUCACAGCAGGUUCAAGAACACAUACAGCAGAGUGAAAUUGACAAGAUCCAGGAUGUGCGUGAGGGUAGGGAACUCAAAGAACAGGUCGAUUACUACAACGCAGAGCGCGCCAAGAUUGAACGUAUCCGUCUUGGUGAGAAGCAGGACCUGAUGCGCUCACAUCUCAAGACCGUAGCCGACCGGGACUUGAUCCGCGCCGCCCAGCAGCAGAAAGAGGAGGAGGAGGAAGAGGAGAUCCGCAUCUUUGCAGCAGCCAAAUCAAAGAUGACAAAGCUGAGGCGAGAGAGGGAGAAAGAACUCUGGCAACAAAGACAAGACCAUGUGAAUCGUAUGGUGAAUGAUCUUGACAGUCAACAUAAGGCAAAGGCUGAUGAUGAAGACGAUCGAAUCGCCAAGGCAGUAGCCGACCGGGAAGCAGCCAGGGAGAAGGAGAUGCAAGAAAAACAAUCCAGGUUGGAGGAAGAUCUCAAACAGAUGGCAGUUCACAGAACUCAGCAAAUGAAGCAGAAGGAGAAAGAGGAACGUCAAGAGAGACGCCGCGAGCUGGAGGCCCUCCACCUGAAGAUGGAGGCGGAUCGCCUCUUCGCCAAGAAGCAGGAGGAGAAGAUAAAGCAGAUUAGAAGCGAGAAUGAAAACCUCAAGAACUUCCACGGCAAGCAGAUCGAAGAGCGUCGCGAGGAAGAGCUGAUGAACCGUGCCGAACAACUCGAAAUGGACAAGAAGAAUAUCGAUCUGCUGGCCGUGGAGGAGCAGCAGUUCCAGGAGUAUGCAGGAAAGGUCAUCAAGCACUGCAAGGAAGGAGGGCGCAACGUCUAUCCUCUUGAGAAGGCAGCCAGGGAAGGACAUGGUGGUGGCCACGGACCAGUCUUCGAUGGCAAGGGUGGUAUCCGACCAAGCUAUCUGACCAACGACAGAGUCGGGGUCGAGCUGCCUUACUACCAGAAGGGAAGCACCGACGAGGUUAAAUACGCACAUAUCGGGAAGCCCUCCAACACAAGGAAACGUCUAGGAUUUGUUUGGUAGAUAGUUAGAGAUGUUUCAAACCGCAAACUGGACUAGUUGGACAGUGCUGCCAUAUCUGAGGUUCCCUGCACAUUGUUUGUCUCUAAAAAGAACUUGUUUCAUAAUAUGAGCAACACGUUAUCUACAAUUUGUAGUAUUUGGGCCAACAUAUCUUUGUUGAAUAGAAUGGAGAUGAAUGGUCAGAGAACUGGUUUAUGACAUCAUCAGAACUUUUAAGUAUGCCUGUAUAUAGAUACAUGUAUGUAAAUAUCAGAAAAUUUAUAUUUCAGGGUGAAAUGAUGUAAAAUCACACCAAGAAUUGUUCAUUUCUUUCUUCCAUGGUCAUUUAUGCUUCUUUGUCUCAAACCGUCCUCUAUUUGAAAUAUCUUUACUAUGCAUUCUCUCAAAGAAAAGGAAUCCGAGUGUUAGGUAUACAUGUAUAUGAUGAACAGUAGAAUCGUGCCUUGAAACGUAAUAAAUGGAAAUUUGUUGAGCAUUACAUGUAUUGCACCUUGUACAAUAGCAACAAAUAUAAUCAUUACGAU